GGGUGCGGUCAGCUGACUGUGGUCAUGUGGCGUUUAAAGUCAGAGGAGAUCCCACGGAGAAUUGAGUGAACAACAACCGGGGUUCCUUCAAACAAACAAACAACAGCUCGGCGUUCCCGGUGUGUUUGUCCCGCUCACACUGCAUCAUGGCCUGGACUAAAUACCAGCUGUUCCUCGCCGGACUUAUGCUAACAACCGGCUCUCUCAACACAUUAUCGGCAAAAUGGGCGGACAUGUUCUCAGCGAAGGGAUGCCAUGAUGACCCCGAACAUGCUUUUGCUCACCCGUUUGUUCAGGCGGUGGGAAUGUUUAUGGGGGAGUUCAGCUGUCUCGCCGUCUUCUACAUUUUACUCUGCACUGACAGACGUAGACCCGAGCCCCGGAUGAACCCCGGCCAGAGCUUCAACCCUCUGCUCUUCUUCGCCCCCGCCAUGUGUGACAUGACGGCCACCUCCAUCAUGUAUGUUGCUCUCAACAUGACCAGCGCCUCCAGCUUCCAGAUGCUGCGGGGAGCCGUCAUCAUCUUCACCGGCCUGCUCUCCGUGACGUUCCUGGGCCGACGACUGCAGAAGAGCCAGUGGCUCGGCAUCCUCACCACCAUCGUGGGCCUCAUCAUCGUCGGCCUCGCUGACUUCUUCAGCAAACACAAAGACGACACGCACAAACUCAGCGACGUCAUCACAGGAGAUCUUCUGAUCAUCAUGGCGCAGGUCAUCGUUUCAGUGCAGAUGGUUCUGGAGGAAAAGUUUGUCUACAAACACGACGUCCAUCCUCUCAAAGCUGUUGGGACUGAGGGUUUCUUCGGGUUUGUCGUCCUGUCGCUGCUUCUCAUCCCGAUGUAUUUCAUCCACGUGGGAAACUUCAGCGACAACCCUCGGCAGGUCCUGGAGGACGCGCUGGACGCCUUCUGUCAGAUCGGCCACGAGCCUCUCAUCCUGCUGGCUCUGCUGGGCAACACCGUCAGCAUCGCCUUCUUCAACUUCGCCGGCAUCAGCGUCACCAAGGAGAUCAGCGCCACCACGCGCAUGGUGCUGGACAGCCUGCGCACGCUGGUCAUCUGGGUGGUGAGCCUGGCGCUGGGCUGGGAGCAGUUCCACGGCCUGCAGGUGGUGGGCUUCCUGGUGCUGCUGGUGGGCACGGCGCUCUACAACGGGCUGCACCGCCCCCUGCUGGCCAGGAUACCCUGCUGCGCCCAUCUGGUGGCCACCGAGGAGGAGGAGGAGGAGGAGGAGGGGAGGGACAGCCCGGGGGAGAGGGAGAGACUGCUGGGGGACGGCAGGGUGCAGACCCCGGACGAGAGCUAAAACAAGACGACACUCUGUGGAGGACUCUGUCAGGGAUAGUCUGUUUUUUAAAUAUGUUCCUUUCUCAGAUUUGACACAAUAUGGUAUAACAUCUGGGAGUGGGCAAGCUCUUUAAGAGGACACACGGGUAGUUGGUUAGACCCUCCAGAAAAACGCGGGCUAAAAUCCUUGAUUAUGCGGGCUAAAAUCCUUGAUUAUGCGGGCUAAAAUCCUUGAU